CAGACCUUUGAAUGACCAAGGAAGUCUACAAAGUAACGUAACUACCUCUAUAGAGAAGAGCAUGGAUUCAGAAGAUCCAAAACAUGAAGCUGCUUGCUGUUUGCUUAAUCUCUCUUCUAUGCCUACUUUAACGACUGAAACGUAUAGUGAGAAAGAAAAACCAAAAGAUGUCUUAACAAUUCCACUCCAGGAAUCUUUACAUAUUCAGCUAACAGAACCUUCUGUUGAUGAAGAUCAUGCUUCCCAGUAUUUAACUGUACAAGAUGAUGCUGUUCCUGCUGACAGUUUGUUGCUAAGACCACCAUUAUCACAUAGGUCUCGAUCAUCCUCAGUUCACAUUCCUUUAUCACCAGGUAAAAAGGUAACUGCAAUGGCCCUGGCUGAAAAUCAAACUGCUAGCCGGGACAUUUCUUUACCAAGGGAGUCAGUUGCAAGUCGUCGUUAUUCCUUCUCUGUUAUCAGAGAUUUGAAGCAAAACAAGGAUUUAUCACAAAACGAGGAUUUAAGCCAUAGUUCGAAUAGUGAACAAAUUAUUUCCAAAAGUGAAGAUCAGGAUCACUGCUUGGUUUUUCCAGCCAUGUCCUUAUCUGUUCCUUCAAACAGUGAGGAUGAAACAUCUAUGUCAGGGAUAGACCAACCAAUGGAUCUUAGUGUUACACGAGACAUGAAGGUUGAUCCAAACGUUUCUGCAGACAGUCAUCCUGAGGAACUAGUAGAACCAAUAGAUAGCUUGCUUGGGGCUUGUCUUCAGUAUGGUAGCCUGACUGCUCUGAAGACUGGAGGCUUGCCCUUGAUGUUAAAUACAUCUGGAUUAAAACGAAGAUCACAGUCUCCAUGGGAACUUCAGCAACAGACUGGUUCUAGACAGUCAGUAGAUGACAGUGUACUACAUUUAUCUCCAGUGACAUCUCCAUCACCAGAUCAUAUACCCUCAAAGAGUAUCCUCCAUGAUGACCAGUAUCCAAUUUCUUCUAGACCUCAGGCUGAAUUUAUUGUUGCUAAGUCAGGGUGUGGACAGAACCUGGAUGAUGGGAAGUGUGUAUGUGACAUUUGUAAUAAAACGUUCACCAAACCCAGUCAGCUACGGUUGCAUCUAAAUAUUCACUACUUUGAAAGGCCUUUCCGCUGUGACAGCUGUGUGGUCUCAUUUCGCACCAAAGGGCAUCUACAGAAACACAAGCGUUCUGUGAGCCACUACAACAAAGUUAAUAUGAACCAAACAUUUGGAACCCCAACUGCAGAUAAUCCUCGCCCAUUUAAGUGUAGUGAUUGUAAAAUAGCCUUUCGAAUUCAUGGACACUUAGCCAAACAUCUUCGAUCUAAAAUGCAUAUUAUGAAGUUAGAGUGUUUAGGAAGACUCCCUUUUGGAAUGUAUGCAGAGAUGGAACGGUCUGGGACAAAUCUGAAUGAGAUAGAUACAACUGACUGUGACAGUUCCCUUGAGAGCCUGCAGCUUAUUGCUCAAAGGCUUUACCGCCAAGAGCCUAGGCAAGUUGUAUGGCAGGGGGAUAAUGUUAUUGGAGGUGCCGAGUCCCCUGAUCAUUCUCUAAGCUCCCCAGAGUCUAUUGCUUUGUCAUUAAGCCAAAAUAAACUGGCAGCCACAAAGACUGUUAAUUUUCAAGUAAAACAGGAACUGGACAAUGUUAUUGAAAAUCCAGGUCAUUCACACCAAGACAACAGCAAUUCUCUCUCAGUGGACAUAGAUAAAGAAGUGAAUCAUUGUUCAGGGCAGAAUGUAAAACCUCAACCUUUGUCCUGCCCACUUUGUGGUCAGUCUUUUGUGAGUGCCAAAGCCUUAAGAGUACACACAUAUUCUCAUCAUGCCCAGUGGUCAACAGAUGAGGCCACCAACUUUACUGAAAUAGAACUUGCAUUACCAGAUCCUUGUGGUGAAACUCCUCAAACACUUCAGAAGUUUGCCAGUGUACAAGAUAACGUAAAAAAACAUUUUAAUUUGUGAUGCAUACAGUGAUGAAUGUGCCAGUCUCCAACAGCAGGCAGCUGUUUUUUUUGCCAAGCUUGUGGGAAAGUGUGUGUGUAGCAGCUGAAGAGCUAGAGGGACAUGUCAAGACACAUCACAGAGACAGAACCCAGUCUGAAGAUUUUCAUGUGCUCAAGUGAUGUUCUGUGUUUUAACCGGUGAACUUAGAUUAUUGUACAUAGAUGUUGUCCAUGAGAUGUGGUUGAUGUAUGAGUGUUAAUGUAGCAGAAAUCUUUUAUAUACAACAAAAACUUGGUUACAUUAUCUUACUGGUAGUGGUGUCUCCUUCUCAGGUAAAAUACACCUGGGGGUUUUGUUGUUUUUUUUUUACCAGAUUAUUGUAAACUACAUUUCUCUAUAUAAUAGAAGUGCCAUUACAGGAAAUAUAUAUGUUUGUAUUUUUGUAGAGACAAGUAGAUAUCUCUGAUAAGUGUUUAUGAAUAGUAAAGUAAUAUUUUUGUUUUUGUUGAAUCUGUUAGAAAACUCCAUAACUUGUUGAUUCAUGGUGUUGUGGCCAUCAUCUUACAGUUAGUACAUUGUAGCUAUUUUAAAGAUUUAUAUGAGGGUUGGAUAUUGUUGGUUGUUAAUUGUCAUUGAAGAUCAGUUGUUACUUCAUCAUUCAGAUGGUUCAAAACCUACAACACAUUUUUUUGUUUUAUUAUGUUUUGUGCUUUUUAUUUGUGCAUUUAAAAUGCUUCUUUGUGGUUAAGUAAAAUCAUAACAUUUUGUUCUCAUGAUCAUUGUGUCAAUAGCACAUUUUUUACAGUUUAAAAGUGAACUUUUUUAAGUACAUUCAGAUCCUCAUCUCAAACAAUUACCGGUAUACACCCUGUUAAUUGUUCCAGAUAGUAUGAUCAUUCUUAUUUUCACAUCUAGCAAAAUACUUAACAGUUUAAUAAAAAAACAUUUGUUAAUCAUUUAAAACCAAGGAAGAUUCAUAAGUUUUCUGUAUGAAGAUAAUUUGUACUACUUUUGAACCCUACACGUACAUUAAGUAGGUCCAAUUAACUUGUUUGCAGUUUUAUCAGUAUGUUGAAAUCUUUUGUAAAACUGAACUGGUUUGGUGAAAGGUCAAGCCCAGUUACGGACAAGAAAAAUUAUGUAUUUACUGUUUCAAGUGAAAGGAAACCUUCUCUGUAUAUCAAAUAGUGUAAUACAGUACCAUAAGUCUUAGUAAAAUAUCUAAAACAUUAGGUCGCUCAUAACUGCAACAAAAAAUUGUGAAAAGCAUUUCAAUACUCGUUAAAACUUAUGAAACUUAAACAAAAAAUAAAAUCAAAGCGAUGUAGUUACAGUAGUGUAGUGGCAGAAACUGAACUCAUCAUCUCUGUUAACUAAGAAGUAUGAGACAUAAUUUUGAACUCGGACAGAGAACAACUACAUAUAAUUGAGAAUAUAAAGAGUCUAGAAAAAAUCUUGCAGCUAUUUACAAAAGCCUUUCUUCAAUGGCAUCUUGUAAGAAAGACUGUCACUGAUAAUUUGAACCGUUUCUGUCUUUCAGUUUUUCCUUUAAAGUGUGAUAUGCUUUUUUCUUUUCCUUCUCAGUUACAUAAAUUUUACGAGGAUUGCUUUCCUUGCCUCAUAAUUCUGUAUACACAUCAGUUGAAAAGCAUGCGAGAACGUGGGCUGAAUGUGGCCCAGUGGUUAUCAUGCCACAUUGUGGAGCUGAGGUUCAUGUCCCAUUACCACCAAAAUACAAAGAAUUGUGCUCUAUACUUUUGGUCCAUGAAUGUAUAAUCAGAUUAAUGGUCAAAUCCCACUAUUCAAUCUGAAAAUAGCAACCCCAGAAUUGACAUUGGGUGGGGCUGACUAGCUGCCUUUCCUUUAGUCUGUUACUUCAAAAUUCAGGACGGAUGGUCUUCACAUAUCUUUAUGCAAAAUCAAACAAACAAUCAAGAAACAUAAGUUGAGCAAAUGGGAGAAUAGCUGAGAAAGAUAUUGCUUUUCUAGUGUGAGGGAUGGUGGGAAAUGUUUAUGAUGUUACCCUAUCAUACAUAUGUCUGGGGUUACAGGUAGAUGUCGGGUGCUGGAGAAUGACCUAUGUGUACAGGAGUUGUGUAACAAUGUGGUUGUUUUCUUUUGUAGUUGUUGUUUUUACCUACAUAUACAGCUGUGAUGUAACAAUAUUGUUGUUCUUCUGGAUUUUGUGACCUACAUGCAUGGGUGUGACAUAACAAUAUCGUGGUUCUCCUGGUUUUCGUGACCUACAUGUAUAGGUGUGAUAUAAAAAUAUCGUGGUACUCCUGUUUUUCGUGACCUACAUGUAUAGGUGUGAUAUAAAAAUAUCGUGGUUCUCCGUGAUCUACAUGUAUAGGUGUGAUAUAAAAAUAUCGUGGUUCUCCUGGUUUUCGUGAUCUACAUGUAUAGGUGUGAUAUAAAAAUAUCGUGGUUCUCCUGGUUUUCGUGACCUACAUGUAUAGGUGUGAUAUAACAAUAUCGUUGUUCUCGUGACCUACAUGUAUCGGUGUAUUAUAACAAUGUUGUUGUUCUCUUGGUUUUCGUGAUCUACACGUAUAGGUGUAAUAUAACAAUAUCGUCGUUUCCUGGUUUUCGUGACCUACAUGUAUAGGUGUGAUAUAAAAAAUAUCGUUGUUUUUUUUUGGUAAAAGCUUAACUUUCAUUUGGCUUACUUUGUCCUCAUUAAUCUAGUAGGUGUUCCUAUGAAGCCUUCACUCUAUUUGUUUAUUUGUUAUUGAAUUUUGUGCAAAGCAACUCAAGACCAUCAGCUCUAUCCCUCACUAAUUUUGAAGUGAUAGAUUAGAGGGGAAAGCAUCUACUGAACAGUACCAACUCUUGGGAUACUCUUUGCCAAUGAAAAUUGGGAUUGAUCAUCCCAAUAUAAUGCUCCCAUGCUGAAAAGGUGAGAAUGUUUGGUGAUGGGUUUUAAUCGCACAACCCACAGAUUGGGAGUUGAACUCCAUAACCAGUGAAGUAUUGCUCAAAAAAUAUUUCAUAACUUGUAUUAAUGAAAGGUAGAAGUAUAUAAAAAAGGACAGUUUGUUAAGUUUAUUUAAAAAAGCAAGUCUUACAUUCUGUUUUCACUAGUUUAUACAUAUAUAUGUGCAGUUGACAGGCAUAUAUUUUAAGUUUAUAUGAAUAAUGCAGUAGGAAAAUUCUAUACUUUAAAUUAAAUGACAAAUUAAUAUUUUCACAUUGUACUCUUAGUUUCUUUUUCUAUGCUUGCUUAUACAGUUAUGCAAAAUAACCAAGUUUAUUUAAAAUCUUUAAAAUCCCAGGAAGUUUAACGUUUGUAUUUCUUGUCUGAAAUUAACUUUUAAGUAGCAAACUGCUGAAUAGAAAUUGCUUAUCUUUAUUUGUUAUAAAAGAAAUAUUAAAGUUGUUGUUAUAGUUUUAUUUAAUUAUUCCUCAGAGUUGCCAAAAUCAGAAUAUUUCCAAUCAAUAAUUUAAAUUUUUUACCACUUAGAAGUUUAUUAGUUGCUCUUAUUUAUGGUUACGUGUUUGUCUCCGAUUAAUGAAAGAAUUGAGAUGGUUGCUUAAACAAUUGUGAGAAUGCUUAUGAAAUAGCCCUGUUUAUGAAUUAUGUGCAUUACCAUUUUUUAGUUUUUUGAUAAUCUAUAUUUAAACAAUGAAUUUAAUCAAGAAUAGAAUGCACAGUGAGGCUAUAUAACCUCACUGAUCACUUUCGUCAAUGGUUCAGAGGUUAACUUGAAGGCUUAUGAUACAAAGAAUUGGUGUUCAAUCUUUCCAGUGGGCAUAGCAUAGACAGCCCAUUGUGCAGCUUUAGAAUAAAAGAAACGAAUCUCCUAAAAGAAUUCAACUGCUGAAUGUUUCUACUGAUUCUAAAACUACCUGUCCUCACUCUCACGUUUCAUUCUUCUUUUUAAAAUGUUUAGUGCAUCACAUUUUGUUGCACUUGUUUAUAAAAUAAAAGUCACUGAGUUAAUCUUUUUUUUCUUGAACUACUUGGAAAGUUAUUGGUGUGAAUUAUAUUAACUUAUUUAAACACGAGUUAAUAUUUUGACAGAAUAUUACAAUUAUAGUUGUUAAACAAACGUAGGAUUUGAAAUGAUCUUGAAAAAAUAGUUACAGAAGAAGUUAAAGUUAUAUUGGUUAUUUUUAGAUAAAUGUUUUAUUAGUCAAAUGGGAAUUAUUUUUUUCCCCUGACAUUGUGUUAAAUCUAAGAAUAACUCGGCGUGAAUAAUCUUUUUCUCAUUUUUAAUCAGUUAUGGAAUUAUUCAAAUAUAGUGGAUCAUGACAUUAUUACUUGAACAUUGAAAGACAAAUGUUUUUUUCGGCAUGGAUUAAAAUUAUAAAAAAGUGUUUUAAGAUUUAAUCUGUCCCUUCCUCAGAUUUUGCUAGAUUUACGUUUUAUUCUUUAUUUUUAAUUACAGACACGUGUCAUUCCCUGAAACUACGCAGUUGUGUUCUAAUAUGUUUCAUUGAGGGUUUUAAGUUACUAGCCUAAAAAUGUUAUUAACAUUGAAAUUAAUUAAAGACGUACAUUGUGGAUAUAAAGUUAUUUACAUAGUGUUGUGUUUAGAUAUUAUUUCAGUCUCAACACCCGGAAGUCAUGAAAACUAGUUUGAAACAAUAUAAAAUGUUUGUUCUUGUUUAUAAAAUCUCAAACGUAUUUUCAAUUUAUUAGAUAAUUUAGUCCAAGAUGGACGGCUAUAUAUUACUAAUGUUGUUUAUAUUCGGAAUGCAGCAUUGAAUUAAAAAAAAAUUGAAAUAACACUACGAUAAUGUUAGCAAAUUCAUUUGAGCGUUGUCAUCUAUACUGCUGACGUCAUCAUCACCAUAUGCGUUUGGAAUAAACAAAGACCGUCUUUUGGUAUGUUAAUAUAUCAUCUAACUUCCAUAGAACAUUAGACACAUACAAUCACAUCAGAUUACGUUAAAGUUGUUUGGGCUACAUUCGGUCUCUUACC